CGAUGUGCAGUGAUUAUGAUGGCAGACGUAUAAAAGUUUUGCGCAAUUGUCUGAUGGCUAUCAGUAUCGAUCGGUUGCUGGCGCAGGGCUAGUUUAAAUUUUGACAGGUGGUGAGUCCCUUAAGUAGCUGGAACUUAGGAUUAAAGUUUUGAAAAAGGAUCUUUCGCGGACGAGAAAAAGGGGAAUCAUUCUAGUGAAAACAUGUUGAAGCUAACGUUGGUGAUCGGUCUGUUGGUGGUGUUAGGUUCGGUUGCGGGUCAAGAAAAGAACACCACGGAAGCGAUCGUCAGUAGUUCAGAAGUGUCCAGUGAAUCUGUGGAAGCCACUACCGAAACGGGACCUGUCCAGAAUGUGGUUCAGUCAGCCGAGCGAACUCUGAGGAUUUUGCAGGAACUGCGCAAGGAAUUCCUCAGGCGGCGAAACGAACGUCAGCAGCGUAUUGCAGCAGUGCGUGAAAGUUUGAAUUUCGAAAAUCUCAGCGACCGUAAGCGAGAGUUCGAACUGAACCGUGCCGAGAUGGAGCGAACUCCGAAGGAACAGGAAACAGAGCGGCAACAGGAAAUGGAAGCCCGUCGUGCUGGCCGUGUCCCAGCUCGGGAGCAGGAGCGUAUUACUCAGAUCAGAUUGGAUCGUUUGCAGCAGGCUGGCAUCCAGGAUGAGUCGCAAAACGAAGUGGACGGUCUGAUACCGGCCGUUUCCGAAAUCAUUCGAAGCAUCGUGCUGAUCGAGGAAGCCAACGGCAAUAUGCGUCUCGUAGACCUAAGUGCUCCGGAAGGCCGCGAAAUGGUUUCCCGGAUUGCGCAGCGAGUUCAAGCCGAAGGUGACAGUGAAGAUCAGCAACAGCAGCGGGAUUUACUGAACAAACUCAGACUCCGGUUGGGUCAAUUGUGAGGAGGGAUAGCCUCCCGUGGUUCAUUUGAAGUGCCUUUGUGUUUUGAAAACUCCACUCGAUCUCCAGUAUUCUGUCCUUAAACCUUGCUUUAAUUAACGAUACCAAAAACUAUGAAUUCUACAUAGAGUUUUCCAUAACAAAAUUUUUAUCCUAUACCACCUUAUUUCAUUCUUAACCAGGAGUGAAAAGAGUGAAAUCCCUCACUGAGAUGUAGAUAGGACAGUAUGUGUAAGUUAUUUAUUUUUUUGUUGGUUUCAAUAAACAAAACAAAACAAAACGGCCGAAACAGUGAAUGAUGUCGCGUGAGAUAAUGAUCAAUAAACGUUUACAUUUCAGAGGCUACAAUGAAUAAAGUUUGACACUAAUUCAACC